GUAGCAUAUACGGUAAACCCCCACGCCGGCGCCGUUCCGUAUUCGUUCCCGCCUUGAUUUAUUGACCUUUGCAGAACCGGAAACGACGGUGAACCAUUGAAGCCGCCGUCUCCCGGAGUCGGAGCAGAUAGACAGGAGCGAUGUGCGGUCGAACACGGUGUACUCUCCGAGUAGAUGAUUUUCCACGCGCCUGCCACCUCUCCGGCCGCCGCAUCCGUCAUCUCAACACGGACCGGUACCGGCCGUCGUAUAAUGUUUCGCCGGGGUUCAAUGUUCCGGUGGUUCGGAACGAAGACGAUCCCAAUCACGACGGUGCUGUUAUUCACUCCAUGAAAUGGGGGCUAAUUCCCAGUUUCACUAAGAAGAACGAAAAGCCAGACCACUACAAAAUGUUCAAUGCUCGAUCUGAAUCGAUAAAGGAGAAGGCUUCUUUUCGCCGUCUUCUCCCGAAAAAUAGAUGCCUGGUUGCAGUUGAGGGAUUUUAUGAAUGGAAAAAGGCUGGAUCGAAAAAACAACCUUAUUAUAUACAUUUUAAGGAUGGUCGCCCUCUUGUCUUUGCUGCUCUUUUUGAUUCCUGGAAGACUGCAGAAGGAGAAAUUCUUUACACGUUCACUAUUGUGACAACUUCAUCAUCAUCAGCUUUGGGAUGGCUCCAUGACAGGAUGCCUGUGAUCUUUGGCAACAAGGAGUCGUCUGACUUGUGGCUAAAUGGUUCUCCAUCGUUCAAUUUUGAUACGAUACUAAAACCAUACGAAGAGUUAGAUCUGGUUUGGUAUCCUGUGACACCUGAAAUGGGCAAAUCUUCAUUUGAUGGACUUGAAUGCAUUAAGGAGAUAAAACUCAAGCCCGAUGAGACCAAAUCAAUCUCGCAAUUUUUCUCCAAAAAGGUAGAUAAAGGCAGACAAGAGGCGACUCAUGGCCAAGUCAAAAAUGAAGAGCCUGCAAACACUGAUCAGCAACAAAGCAUGAAAGAAGAACCCGAGACGCAAAACCAUCAUCACACGAACCCAGAUGUCGCCACUGCAGAUCCAAUAAGGGUGAUUGGUUGUGACCAGAAGAACUUGAAAGAGGAGGGUGAAAGUUUGAUGAACAAAAACGAUGAUGUCUCUACUCUUCAAAGGCAGGAAACCAUUAUUAAACCAAAGAGAGGCCACGGGGAGCUUUCGGAUGAUAACAAUCCAUCCACUGGUAGGAGUUACAGGCAUAUCACCCCACCUAAAAAGAAAGGCACAAAUGCCAGUGACAAGCAGCCUACAAUCUUUUCUUACUUUGGAAGAAGCUAGUAUUGAUUUUGUUUCUAUGCUUUAUCUACAUGUAUAUUGGGAUGUAUGGAUGAAACUAAGUGUAUGUUUUUGUAGAAGAAACAACUGAAACUCUGUUGAAUUUUGGGUGGUAAGGUAGCUAUCUAUUUAACCAUUCUCGAUUCCAACCUGAA